AUGCGGGUAGGGGUAUUGUGGGAACAUGAAGCAAAAAUUUCUCGGCCUGUCCUAGCCGGUUUGGAAGCCUUCCUGGAGGAGGAGCAUGUGAAACCAGAACUGGAGGGACAAAUGGUGCAUUUUCGCAAAGCUUUUCUAAAGCGGUUCACAAACUACUUAAAUUUAAGUCUUCAAAGUACAGGCCAUGAGCUGUAUCAGACACCAGGUAGAGCAAUGGACUCUUUCAGCGUUGCUACUGCUCAGUUCUGCUUUGAUGUCUUUAAAGAAAUGAGCUCUGAUCAUACUACAGAGAAUCUGGUCUUUUCUCCUUUGGGUCUCUUGUCCACCCUGGCCAUGGUGCUUUUGGGGGCUAGAGGCAAUAGUGCCUCUGAGAUGAAGAAGUGUGGACCAGGCACAGGAGUUCAUGCGUACAUACAGGCCAUCCUCUCUGAAAUCAGCACGUCCAGCAGGGGUCAAGUUUACAUGGCCAGCGGCAUAUUUGCAGACACAACUCAUCCAUUUCUCCAGAAAUAUUUAAACUGUCUUGAACAAUUAUACAAAGUAAAACCUGAAAAUUUGGAUUUCAAAAAUAGUAUAGAUGAAGCCAGACUGCACACUAACUCAUGGGUCCAAAACAAGACCAACGGGUUCACUGGUGGAUUCCAAUCCCAAGAGAAGUGUAGCCCCUGGGUUACCAGUGCAACUCCCUCCGGACUUAAAAGCCAGGCCUUGACGGUCAUUGUUUUCUCCUCGCAGUCUGGGAGCAAAGUGGUACAGAUGAGACGGCUGCAGGGUGUCUUCAAACUGGGCUCCAUAGAGGAGCCAGGCGUUCAGGUCCUUGAGGUGCCUGACGUGGAGGGUCACCUGACCCUGGUCAUCAUCCUACCCGGAGAGAACGUGGGCCUGGGCCAGGUCAUCAGAGAAGUCACUUUUGAGAAGCUGAAAACCUGGGUCAGCUUGGCCAACAUGGCAGACACCGCAGUGGACCUGCGCCUGCCCCAGCUCAGGCUGGAAGGGUCCCAGGAGGACCUCACCUCCAUCAUGGGGGCCUUGGGAAUGACUGAUGUCUUGGACCCCUCGCUGGCUAACUUGUCCGGCAUUACUGCAGGAGGAGGCCUGGUGGUCUCCAAGAUAUUCCACAGGCCCAUUCUACAGGUCACAGAAGGUGACUCCGGGUCAUUCCUCAGUGACCCAACAGGCCCAGUGGACAAUCCUGAGAUCGUCCAGGUGGACCGGCCUUUCCUCAUGGCCAUCUUAUGGAAGAAAACAUACACCAUUCUUUUCUACGCUGCAGUAACCAACCCUUGA